AAGCAAGACUCCACAGAUGGAUCCCACCGCCUAGUUCACCAGGCGUCCAAUGAGAGCAGAGCGUCCAUCACAGAAUCUCUGUCAGAGUUCUUCGAUGCUCAGGAGGUUCUACUGUCUGCCAGCUCCUCAGAAAACGAGGCCUCUGAUGAUGACUCAUACAUCAGUGACAACGUCAGCGACAACAUCUCCAUGGACAACUUCAACAACGAGACGGAGAGACCUAACUCGGGCUGUGAAGAGAACGGGACCCUUCUGAGAAGACGCAGGUCGUGCCUCCCGUCGGCCAGCCCCAACACCAGUAACAUCAGUCUAUGGAACAUCCUUAAGAACAACAUAGGGAAAGACCUCUCCAAGGUGGCUAUGCCUGUUCAGCUGAACGAGCCCCUCAACACCCUGCAGAGACUGUGUGAAGAGCUGGAGUACAGCGAGCUGCUGGACAGAGCUGCUAACACACAGGACCCCUUUGAACGCAUGGUGUACAUAGCCACGUUUGCAGUGUCGGGGUACGCGUCCAGCUACCACCGAGCGGGAGGGAAGCCCUUCAACCCGGUCCUGGGGGAGACCUACGAGUGUGACCGUCCCGACAAGGGCCUCCGAUUUGUAGCAGAACAGGUCAGCCAUCACCCACCUAUAUCAGCAUGCCACGCUGACUCUAAAAACUACAUAUUCUGCCAAGACGUGAGGUGGAAAAACAAGUUCUGGGGGAAGUCUAUGGAAAUAGUUCCUGUGGGCACCACCCAUGUGAUUCUGCCAGGGUUUGGUGACCACUAUGAGUGGAACAAGGUGACGUCCUGCAUCCACAACAUCCUGAGUGGGCAGCGCUGGAUAGAACACUAUGGAGAGAUCUCCAUCAGGAACACCAGCACUGAUAUCUGCCAGUGUAAGGUCACCUUCAUCAAGGCAAAGUACUGGAACUCGAGUGUUAACGAGGUGGAGGGCACCAUCACAGACCACAAGGGGAAGGUCAUCCACAGACUGUUUGGGAAGUGGAACGAGGGGGUGUACUGUGGAGACCCACCCUCUGCCACCUGCAUCUGGAGAGCCAAUGCCAUGCCGGCUGACCACGAGCAGUACUACGGCUUCACUAAGUUUGCUAUGGAGCUCAAUGAGCUGGACCCUUCACUAAAACUGCUGCUGCCUGCCACAGACACCCGGCUACGGCUCGACCAGAGGCUGCUAGAGGAGGGUGACGUAGAGGCAGCAGAGGAACAGAAACAGAAGAUAGAACAGCAGCAGAGAGACAGACGCAGAGUCCUGGAGGAAAACACCAUGACACAUCAACCCACAUUCUUCAGGAAAUCAAAGGACGACACCUGGGUUAGCAACAACACUUACUGGGACCUGAGGAAGGAUCCAGGCUUUGCCCACCUGGACUGUCCGGUGUUGUGGUGACCUGAGGAGGGAUCCAGGCUUUGCCAACCUGGACUGUCCUGUAUUGUGGUGACCUGAGGAGGGAUCCAGGCUAUCACCACCUGGACUGUCCGGUGUUGUGGUGACCUGAGGAGGGAUCCAGGCUUUGGCCACCUGGACUGUCCGGUGUUGUGGUGACCUGAGGAGGGAUCCAGGCUUUGCCCACCUGGACUGUCCUGUAUUGUGGUGACCUGAGGAGGGAUCCAGGCUUUGCCCACCUGGACUGUCCUGUAUUGUGGUGACCUGAGGAGGGAACCAGGCUAUCACCACCUGGACUGUCCUGUAUUGUGGUGACCUGAGGAGGGAACCAGGCUAUCCCCACCUUGACUAUCCUGUAUUGUGGUGACCUGAGGAGGGAUCCAGGCUUUGCCCACCUGGACUGUCCUGUACUGUGGUGACCUGAGGAGGGAUCCAGGCUAUCCCCACCUGGACUGUCCUGUAUUGUGGUGACCUGAGGAGGGAACCAGGCUAUCCCCACCUUGACUGUCCUGUAUUGUGGUGACCUGAGUAGGGAAACCAGGCUAUCACCACCUGGACUGUCCUGUAUUGUGGUGACCUAAGGAGGGAACCAGGCUAUCACCACCUGGACUGUCCUGUGUUGUGGUGACCUGAGGAGGGAACCAGGCUAUCACCACCUGGACUGUCCUGUGUUGUGGUGACCUGAGGAGGGAACCAGGCUAUCACCUCCUGGACUGUCCUGUAUUGUGGUGACCUGAGGAGGGAACCAGGCUAUCACCACCUGGACUGUCCUGUAUUGUGGUGACCUAAGGAGGGAACCAGGCUAUCACUACCUGGACUGUCCUGUGUUGUGGUGACCUGAGGAGGGAACCAGGCUAUCACCACCUGGACUGUCAUGUGUUGUGGUGACCUGAGGAGGGAACCAGGCUAUCACCACCUGGACUGUCCUGUGUUGUGGUGACCUGAGGAGGGAACCAGGCUAUCACCACCUGGACUGUCCUGUGUUGUGGUGACCUGAGGAGGGAACCAGGCUAUCACCUCCUGGACUGUCCUGUAUUGUGGUGACCUGAGGAGGGAACCAGGCUAUCACCUCCUGGACUGUCCUGUAUUGUGGUGACCUGAGGAGGGAACCAGGCUAUCACCUCCUGGACUGUCCUGUGUUGUGUUGACCUGAGGAGGGAACCAGGCUAUCCCCACCUGGACUGUCCUGUGUUGUGGUGACCUGAGGAGGGAACCAGGCUAUCACCACCUGGACUGUCCUGUGUUGUGGUGACCUGAGGAGGGAACCAGGCUAUCACCUCCUGGACUGUCCUGUAUUGUGGUGACCUGAGGAGGGAACCAGGCUAUCACCACCUGGACUGUCCUGUAUUGUGGUGACCUGAGGAGGGAACCAGGCUAUCCCCACCUGGACUGUCCUGUAUUGUGGUGACCUGAGGAGGGAACCAGGCUAUCACCUCAUGGACUGUCCUGUGUUGUGGUGACCUGAGGAGGGAACCAGGCUAUCACCACCUGGACUGGGUCAUGUUUAUUAGGCACAGGACUGAAACAGGGAAGGACUACCUGAACGUGUCCAGUAAGAAACGCGUGUGCGUUCAUAAGGCACCAAACGGAAGAAAACAGACUGCAACUUCCAGUCCAAUAAGACACUUUAUUUUUUUGUUUUCAGUUGCAAAAUGUUUUGCUACGGUGUGCACUUAUAAACACGACCCUGUUUGGACUUCCUGUCUGUACUGUGACCCAGGCUGGCUCUGGGGGCUGGAGUCCUGCUGCUCUAUCCGUCUCAUUGGUUACGCCUCAAAUGGCACCCUAUUCCCUACAUAGUGUACUGCCUUUGACCAGAGCCCUAUGGGCCAAAGUAGUGCAUCAUACGCUAAAGAGAAUUGGGUGCCAUUUGGGACGUACCAUCUUGCACAUGUCCUUCUACUAUCUAUCAUUCACAUGUCCAUCUACUAUCCAUCAUUCACAUGUCCAUCUACUAUCCAUCAUUCACAUGUCCAUCUACUAUCUAUCAUUCACAUGUCCAUCUACUAUCCAUCAUUCACAUGUCCAUCUACUAUCUAUCAUUCACAUGUCCAUCUACUAUCCAUCAUUCACAUGUCCAUCUACUAUCCAUCAUUCACAUGUCCAUCUACUAUCUAUCAUUCACAUGUCCAUCUACUAUCCAUCAUUCACAUGUCCAUCUACUAUCUAUCAUUCACAUGUCCAUCUACUAUCCAUCAUUCACAUGUCCAUCUACUAUCCAUCAUUCACAUGUCCAUCUACUAUCCAUCAUUCACAUGUCCAUCUACUAUCUAUCAUUCACAUGUCCAUCUACUAUCCAUCAUUCACAUGUCCAUCUACUAUCCAUCAUUCACAUGUCCAUCUACUAUCCAUCAUUCACAUGUCCAUCUACUAUCCAUCAUUCACAUGUCCAUCUACUAUCCAUCAUUCACAUGUCCAUCUACUAUCCAUCAUUCACAUGUCCAUCCAUCAUUCACAUGUCCAUCUACUAUCCAUCAUUCACAUGUCCAUCUACUAUCCAUCAUUCACAUGUCCAUCUACUAUCCAUCAUUCACAUGUCCAUCCAUCAUUCACAUGUCCAUCUACUAUCCAUCAUUCACAUGUCCAUCUACUAUCCAUCAUUCACAUGUCCAUCUACUAUCUAUCAUUCACAUGUCCAUCUACUACCCAUCAUUCACAUGUCCAUCUACUACCCAUCAUUCACAUGUCCAUCCACUACCCAUCAUUCACAUGUCCAUCUACUAUCCAUCAUUCACAUGUCCAUCUACUAUCCAUCAUUCACAUGUCCAUCUACUAUCCAUCAUUCACAUGUCCAUCUACUAUCCAUCAUUCACAUGUCCAUCUACUAUCCAUCAUUCACAUGUCCAUCCACUAUCCAUCAUUCACAUGUCCAUCUACUAUCCAUCAUUCACAUGUCCAUCCACUAUCCAUCAUUCACAUGUCCAUCUACUAUCCAUCAUUCACAUGUCCAUCUACUAUCCAUCAUUCACAUGUCCAUCUACUAUCCAUCAUUCACAUGUCCAUCUACUACCCAUCAUUCACAUGUCCAUCUACUACCCAUCAUUCACAUGUCCAUCUACUAUCCAUCAUUCACAUGUCCAUCUACUAUCCAUCAUUCACAUGUCCAUCUACUACCCAUCAUUCACAUGUCCAUCUACUAUCCAUCAUUCACAUGUCCAUCUACUAUCCAUCAUUCACAUGUCCAUCUACUAUCCAUCAUUCACAUGUCCAUCUACUACCCAUCAUUCACAUGUCCAUCUACUAUCCAUCAUUCACAUGUCCAUCUACUAUCCAUCAUUCACAUGUCCAUCUACUAUCCAUCAUUCACAUGUCCAUCUACUAUCCAUCAUUCACAUGUCCUUCUACUAUCCAUCAUUCACAUGUCCAUCUACUACCCAUCAUUCACAUGUCCAUCUACUACCCAUCAUUCACAUGUCCAUCUACUAUCCAUCAUUCACAUGUCCAUCUACUACCCAUCAUUCACAUGUCCAUCUACUACCCAUCAUUCACAUGUCCAUCUACUAUCCAUCAUUCACAUGUCCAUCCAUCAUUCACAUGUCCAUCUACUAUCCAUCAUUCACAUGUCCAUCUACUACCCAUCAUUCACAUGUCCAUCUACUAUCCAUCAUUCACAUGUCCAUCUACUACCCAUCAUUCACAUGUCCAUCUACUAUCCAUCAUUCACAUGUCCAUCUACUACCCAUCAUUCACAUGUCCAUCUACUACCCAUCAUUCACAUGUCCAUCUACUAUCCAUCAUUCACAUGUCCAUCUACUACCCAUCAUUCACAUGUCCAUCUACUACCCAUCAUUCACAUGUCCAUCUACUACCCAGCACCCCCCACGCAUGUUGCUGCUUUAUAAUUCAUUGUUGUUUUCAUUUUUUCAUUUGAGAGUUUAUCCAGUUUAUUGCCUUAAUAGACAACAUUUAUCCGAGUAGUGUAUUAAUGUAGCGUUUAUGCGAGCAUACCCUUCGAAUGCAGAGACUAUUAUGCAAAAAUGGUGUCCUGUCUUUCCACCUGUAGUGUCUCAUCGUGCAGAAUAGAACACAUAAGAAAUACUGUAUACUUCAACAAGGUACUAAAUAAUGAAUUACUAGCCUUGUUGGUUCUGCAAAGACUGUCAAAUAAUCCUUCCCUUUUUGUAUUGCCGCUCCUCGCUAACUUAGCUACUAGUCUACAUUAGCACAGCUGUUGACUGUACAACACUGUCUUAACACAUGCGGUUUUCUACCUCUGAGAUGAGAUUCCAUGGUACUUGUAACACCAUUGAGAAGGUGUACAUGUCAAAUAUUUAUUCUGCACCUGUCUAAUGCCUUACUGGGGGAACUAUAUUGCGUUUUACUCUAAUUCCUGUUUAAAAACAAACGGAGAUGUUUUCAGUGUGUUAGUGUGAGGAGGAAUUCUUUAAAUAAUGAAGUAUGUAUAUGAAGUUUCAUUCUAAAAUGCUAUAUAUCCAUUUUCAGAAAUGUUGGUGAAUUAGCUUUUAUUGUUUAAAGGUCAUGUUUAAAGGUCAAAAUCAUGUUUUUCAUGAAAUUGGAUGAUAUUUGAAGGAAACCAGAUUAAAGUAUUGAUGACCAAGGUAUGAAAAAUUAUCGUUGCUUCUAUAUUGAUCAAGUUUGAUCAUAAAGUUACUUGCCCCUCCCCCAUGUCAAACACUGGUAACAUUGUAUUCUCUUACCUAAUUUACAUAAGUACCGCCGGGUAACCAACAUUGGAGAAGGCAUGUUUGCGGAGGGGUGUGAUUUAUAUAGCUAGGCUAGAUAGAUACUGUAGGGGUCAGCAAAUAGAAUUACAAGUUUACCCUAUUCAUCUAUGGCAAAGACACUGUAUUCAGAUCACAGCCUUAUUCUAAAAUUGAUUAAAUAAAUGUUUUUCCUCAUCAAUCUACACACAAUACCCCAUAAUGACAACACAGAAAAAGGUAUUUAGACAUUUUUGCAAAUAAAAAAAUCAGAAAUACCUUAUUUACAUAAGUAUUCAGACCUUUGGCUAUGAGACACGAAAUUGAGCUCAGUUGCAUCCUGUUUCCAUUGAUCAUCCUUUAGAUGUUUCUACAACUUGAUUGGAGUCCACCUGUGUUAAAUUAAACUGAUUGGACAUGAUUUGGAAAGGCACAUGCCUGUCUAUAUAAGGUCCCACAGUUGACAGUGCAUGUCAGAGCAAAAACCAAGCCUUGCGGUCAAAGGAAUUGUCAGGAUUGUGUAGAGGCACAGAUCUGGUGAAGGGUACCAAAACAUUUCUGCAGCAUUGAAGGUCCCCAAGAACAUAGUGACCUCCAUCAUUCUUAAAUUACAGAAGUUUGGAACCACCAAGACUUGCUAGAGCUGGCCACCCUGCCAAACUAAGCAAUCAGGGGAGAAGGGCCUUGGUCAGGGAGGUGACCAAGAACCCGAUGGUCACUCUGACAGAGCUCCAGAGUUCCUAUGUGGAGAUGGGAGAACCUUCCAGAAGGACAACCAUCUCUGCAGCCAUCCACCAAUCAGGCCUUUAUUGUACAGUCGUGGCCAAAGGUUUUGAGAAUGACACAAAUAUUAAUUUCCACAAAGUUUGCUGCUUCAGUGUCUUUAGAUAUUUUGUCAGAUGUUACUAUGAAAUGCUGAAGUAUAAUUUCAAGCGUUUCAUAAGUGUCAAAGGCUUUUAUUGACAAUUACAUGAAGUUGAUGCAAAGAGUCAAUAUUUGCAGUGUUGACCCUUCUUUUUCAAGACCUCUGCAAUACGCCCUGGCAUGCUGUCAAUUAAAUUCUGGGCCACAUCCUGACUGAUGGCAGCCCAUUCGUGCAUAAUCAA